GGAGAGCAGCCGCCGAGCGGGCAGCGAUCGCGCCCCGGCCCCGCCGCAGCCCGAGCCCCGGGCGGCCGCCGCUGCUAUGCGGCUUCGCGGCGCUCGGCCUCCACCGGGUUUGUGCCGACGCGUGCCAGAAGCUGAGCCAGAGGAGGACUGAGGGACGCCAGGCUCCGAACGGGGGGGUACACACCGCAUUGACCCCGGUUGGUGACGGAGGCAGCGAUGUUCCGGGCUACAGCUGCUGCCUGUUGAGCCCAAGGAGGCUUCGGACGCGUUCACCGGCAGCACCCUGAGCCCAGGGAGCCCUCGAGUGAAGGAGGCAUCGGGGCAAGGCUGAGGGGGGCCGGGGGCACAUCCUGCUGCCCUGCCCUGCCGGUGGUGGCCAUUCCUGCCCGGACACCCACCAGCACUGCAGCCCCUCAGCUGCCCUCGCCCCCCCGGGCAGCCCCAUUGCAGGGCUGCCCCCCACGGCGCGGCCCAGCCUUGGAGCACAGCAGCGUGCCGGGCGCUGCCCCCCGCGGCCCCCGGGUGCUGCCCCCCGGCUGCGUGGCCCCCCGUGCCCCCGGGGACCCUCCGCCCGCCGGCAGAGCCAUGAAGCUGCAGGCGGUGAUGGAGAACCUGCAGCGGCAGCAGCGCGCGCGGCUGCAGCAGGCGCUGGAAGCGCGGCAGCAGGAGCAGCAGCAGCAGCAGCAGCAGCGCUCCGCGUCCCCUCCGGCGCAGCCCCCGCCGGGCCCGGGGCAGCCUCCAGCCAGCACCCCGGCCCGUGCCCGCGGUCAGGAUGCGGCCCCGGCACCCUCGGAGGAAGGAGCGGAGCCCGAGAGCGCGCACAUGCAGCGGGCGCAGAUGGCCGCUCUCGCUGCCAUGCGGGCGGCAGCCGCCGGCCUGAGCCACUCGUCCAGCCCCGGGCCGUCGGAUGAGAGCCAGGCCUCGGAGGAGGAGGAGGAGGAACACGGCGAGGAGGAGGAGGAGGAGGAGGAGGAUGGCGGGUACCAGCAGGAGAUGGGCUCGGAGGAGGAGGAGGAUCUGAAGGGCAAGUGGGACGAAGAUGACUUUGAAGAGGACCUGGGCGAGGAGGAAGAGGAAGAAGAGGAGGAGGAGGAAGAGGAAGACUACGAGGAGGAGGAAGAUAUGGGAGAGGAAGGGCUCGGCUCAGCAGAGGCGGUGGGGGCCGGCGCGGGCUCCCUGCUGCUCCGCAAGCCGCCGGCGCCGCAGCACUACCGGGGCGAGCCGCAGCGGGUGCCGGGCGGGCAGGAGCGGCUCCCCCCGGGGCUGGGCCACGCGCAGCCCCCGCCACCAGCGCCCGACCACGGUGACUGGACCUACGAGGAGCAGUUCAAGCAACUGUAUGAGCUGGAUGGGGACCCCAGGAGGAAGGAGUUCCUGGACGACCUCUUCAGCUUCAUGCAGAAGCGAGGGACCCCCGUCAACCGGAUCCCCAUCAUGGCCAAGCAGGUGCUGGACCUGUACAUGCUGUACACGCUGGUGACGGAGAAGGGCGGCCUGGUGGAGGUGAUCAACAAGAAGCUGUGGCGAGAGAUCACCAAGGGGCUGAACCUGCCCACCUCCAUCACCAGCGCUGCCUUCACCCUGCGCACCCAGUACAUGAAGUACCUGUACCCCUACGAAUGUGAGAAGCGAGGGCUGAGCAACCCCAACGAGCUGCAGGCGGCCAUCGACAGCAACCGGCGGGAGGGCCGCCGGCAGGGCUUCGGCAGCUCCCUCUUCACCUACUCCCCCGGCGGCACCCAUGGGCUCCUCUCCUCCCCGAAGCUGCCGGUGCCGGCGCUGGGGUUGGCGUCCACCACCAACGGCGGAUCCAUCGCUCCCGUCCAGAAGAUCAAGAAAGAGGAGGACUCCCCCAUCCCCAUCUCCGUGCCCAGCCGGCUCCCGGUCUCGCUGGCCGGGCACCCCGUGGUGGCAGCUCAGGCGGCCGCGGUGCAGGUGGCAGCGGCGGCUCAGGCCGCGGCGCUGGAGCAGCUGCGGGAGAAGCUGGAAUCGGGGGAGCCCCCGGAGAAGAAGAUGGCGCUGGUGACGGACGAGCAGCAGCGGCUCAUGCAGCGGGCGCUGCAGCAGAACCUCCUGGCCAUGACGGCCCAGCUGCCCAUGAGCAUCCGCAUCAACAGCCAGGGCACCCGCUCGCCAGAGAACCGCCAGGACUCGGCCACCGGCCUGGGCAGCAACGGCACCAACAGCAUCAGCAUGUCGGUUGAGAUCAACGGUAUCGUCUACACAGGUGUGCUGUUCGCCCAGACGCCCGGCCCUUCCUCCUCCUCUUCCUCCUCCUCCUCCUCGCUCCCUUCCUCUGCCUACAGCAAAGGCAACGGCGGCGGCGGCGGUGGCAGCCGGACCAGCGGUGGCGGCGGCGGCGGCACCGCGGCACCGACCAACCUGGCCGUGCCGCCCACUUCUACCUCCAACAACGCUUCGCCUUAACAAACACCCCUGCACCGGGGCCUCAUUGGGGUCUCAUUGGGGUCUCAGCGGGCUCUGCCCGUGCCCUCGUGUUGUUGGCUUUCCCUUCACAAGCCAGAAAAGCUUUAGCCCAAGGGGGGGGUUUUGCCGGAGCCGCCGGCUCGUCCCGCUGCGCCGCGCCGGUCCGGGACCGUUUACCUCACUCACAUCACACUUUGCACUGUACAUUUAUUAUUAUUAUUAAUUAUUAAUUAUU